GAGCUGUCCGCGGUGCUGAAACCAGACUCACACUGCGAGACAGAGAUGCUCAGAUCACUCACGAGCCUCCGGAGAAACUAAUCACAGAAGGCGUCAUCAUGCCGUCACUCCCCCAGACCUUCGCCACAGGCAAACCUUUCCUCAUCUGUUUUGCCAACAUCCUCUUAAUCCUCCUCUUCCUCAGUUCCUCUGGCAUUCACGGGGCUUCUCUCAGAGAGCACAGACUGCGCGGAAGUGAACCAGACUCCCAGAGAGGAGACGUCCGCCAGGCUCCUAAUGCUGACAUGCUCAAAGCUUUGGAGUACAUCGAGAGCCUCCGUCAAAGAACCGGCACAGACUCCCAGCAGCACGCCCCUCUGGCGACAGGGUACGAUGCCAGCCACAUGGAUGAUGCUGAGAAGCUGCGUGCCAUGCUGAGACUGGCUUCUAACCCGCAGAGCAAAGAUGAGGAGGAGGAGGAGGAAGAGGACGAGGAGGGGGAGGGAAGGGAGGACAAGAGCGAAGAGCUGCUCCAGGCUGUGCUCAGCACCCUCCAGCAGACGGAGAAGGCCUCCAAGCCGGCUUCCCUUCGCCCCAGCGUCGAAGGAGACGGCCUAAAGGACGGCGUGCAUCCCAGGGUGCAGCAGAAGCAGUACAGCAUCAAGCCUCACAAGAAGCUGCCGUUAAUGUUUGAGGAUGAUGAAGAGGGUGAGGGGGAUGAGGAAGAGGAUGAGGAGGGGCCAGAUCUGGAGCAUGAGAGCCCCUUUAAACGCACCAACGAGAAUGUGGAGGAGAAGUACACACCUCAGAACCUCGCCACUCUGCAGUCUGUGUUCGACGAACUGGACAAGCUGACGAGUGUGAAGCCCAUGCAUAAACGUCGAGAUGAGGAGGAUGACAUGGAGGAUGAUGAGGAGGAAGAUGAUGAUAUGUUUAACGUGAGGAAUGUGGCAUAUGAUGACUUAGGCGGGGAUCUUGCAGACUGGGGUCCGCUACACGAACAGGAAGAGGAAGAGAACAAGCAUGAAGUGAACCAAGGGCUUGAUUACGUAGACGACAAUGACGAGGAAGCUAAUGAGGACGAUGAAGAGGAAGAUGAUGAAAGCUACCCAGUCAAGAGAUCAAAAGAUCCAGAUGAUGUUGCUAACCUGGUCGACUACUACCUCCUGAAAGUGCUGGAGAAAACAGAAGAAGAAGAGCAGAAACGAGAGAUAGAGGAAGAGGAGAAAAAGAGGGCAGAGAGGAGAGUGGCUCAGACGCAGUACAGUGACAACAUAGAUCCACGGGCCAUCUACCAGCUCAUUCAGAUCUCCCAAAAAUACCAGAUCCCACCCGAAGACCUGGUGGACAUGCUCAAAACUGGAGAAAUGACGAAGCAAGACAACUCACGAAAGAGCAACGAGUUAGCCAGAGCAGGAAACAAGCUCUCCCAGAUAUCCUCAAAGAAGGCACACAAGAUCCCCGAAGCUAAAUUCUACAGCAGACGCUUUCCUGACAGACAAAAAACCCCAGAAGAGCUGAGGACAGAAGAGAUACUAAACAUCCUGGGGUUAGGAGAUGGGGAGGAUCAAGCUCCCGUCAGGAAGCAGUACAAAAGCUCACUGUCACGACUUCACACUCAGCCUCCGGCGCGUUCGGGGGAAUCCGCUCCUACGCAACGGCGCCUUCCCAGCACAUUAAAGGACGACUAUGACGACACUGUAGACGAGGAUGAACUGGCAGCGUAUUUAGCAGCUCAGAUGCUGGCACAGUACCCAAACCCCGUGUACGGCAGCAGCAGCAAGGCGAACCAGAAGCGGGACGAGGUUGGACAGAGCAUGACGGACUCUUUUGAACAGGCGAUACAGGCUUAUUUUGAUCAAAUGGACUCAGAGAAAAGCCCAAAUGAAAAAAGACAGACUGAGAAUGACGAGAGAGGCGGCGAAAUGCAAAUGCAAGGCUUUGAUAAUGAAGCGGUGAUGAAACUGCUGAGCUACCUGAACCCAGAAACUGAAGAAAGUGAUACUGAUGCCAAAACUCCCCACGGAAUCUAACAAGAGGCUCUAUGUACAUACAUAUAUUUAUUGUUUUGGUGGAGGGAGAGGGUGCAAAUAAAGUAUUUUGAAGAAUAAAAACAUGCAGUCAACUUUAGUAGUCGUCGACUUUCUGUAGGUUUACAAGAGUUCAUAUUUAUUAGCAGAAAUAUGAGUGUUCAGACAUUCACUUGAUGCUUUUUUUAAUGAUGUUUGUUGCUCAACGACACUUAACAACCAGUACAUGUGACUCACCAGCCUUUCAAUGCACACACACACACACACGCACACACGCGCACACACACACACACCUCCAAAAUCAGUGUUGGAUCCC